AUUAAGUUUUGGUAUAAAUUCGAGUCCUGCGCUGAGUCCAGUAUCAUUGAUCACAGUGACUUCAGCAGCACCACAUAACAUCUCAACUUACCCAGCACAAUGGCUUUUAAGUUUGUCGUUUUCCUGGCUUCGUUGGCUGUUGUCAGCGCCGGAUAUCUGCAGGCUCCAAUUGCUCAAUACUCACCAGCAUCCGCUGUGAGUUAUAGCAGCCUGUCCAAUGCUCCUCUGGCUUACGCGGCUCCGUUGGCGAAGACGGUUGCCUACUCAUCUCCUGCCAUUGGUGCUACCCAUGAGAGCACCAUCCGUGGUCACGAUGCCACCAUCUCCCAUCAAUCCAAGGCAAUUGAUACGGCUUUCUCCAGCGUUCGUAAGUCGGACACCCGCAUCACCAACGAAGGCCCGAAACUGGCCCUGGCUUCCUAUUCCCAUGCCCCAGCCAUCGCCACGUACGCUCAAGCUCCAGUUCUGGCCCGUUCAUAUGCCGCUCCCGCCUACACCACUUCCUAUGCUCAUCCCGCACCAGCUUUGGCUACCUACUCACAUGCCGCCCCAGUUGUUUCCGCUACCAAGACCUUAACCUACUCACCGGCUGUCGAAGUAGCCCAUGUUUCGUACGAAGGAGCUCAUGCUCAUUAUGCCUGGUAAGACGUUUCCUAGUGUCGACAGACACUACAAGGUACAAUACAAUGAUCAAAAUCGUUGUGUCUAUUUUUUUCAAAUGCAUUGUUGUUGUUUUGCUAUGACAGCGCACCCCAUCUGUCAUCCCGGGGGUGUGUUUUAAUAAAGUAGAUACAAACCAUU